GCUUGAAGCCGUGGCUAGAUUACGGCGGCAGAGAGCAUCAAGACUUCUGUGCUCUCGAUCAUUCAUAAACCUGGAGAACCAGGCCCUCGCUUCGCGUAUCAUCCCACCGCCAGUGACAGGAUGGCCCGAAUGGCUGCACCGUCACCGACGCCAUCGACUGACGAGUUGUCACAAACCUGCCCAAUGUCAACGAGCGACUGCGGCAACGAAUGGUCCCAGCACGCUCAGUUAGGGUAUGACACCCCUCCGCUGGAUGAUGGACCUGGCUGCGCAGAUGCCCGCCUUCACCCGAUAUUCAAUCUUCAAGACUAUACACUACACGCCACGGAACAUCAUUCAGAGGCUCCACAGGGGUCAAUGGCCAAGCACGACAUGCUAAGCACUUGUGAAGUGCCGGUGAUAGGUCAUCAGGCCCAGCAACAGGAUGGGUACAGCUAUACUUCAGCGAAUCACCAUGGUAAUACUGGGCUUGACCUCCAGAGUUCGAAGAAGACAGUGAAGGGCAAGAAGAAGGCACCUGGAAAGCCACGACGGAAGGACAAGAAAGAACAGUUUCCGGAUCUGGUUGAGCCCCUUUCCCGGUGGGCGAAGGACCAUGAGAUUCAGCCACUCAGUGUGCAUAACUUCGCAACUAGGGACAUCAAGAAGAGGAUCACCAGAGCUGUGAAAGACGGCUACGUCAAGCGGAAUCUCAAUGUCUUUUUCCUCUACAAGCAGGCUUAUGCGAAUGUUGCGCAAGCUUGGAUGACGAUCCAUCACCCCAGUCUGGCCAGAACUCAGCCACCGCUGGUGACGCUUGUGGGAGAGUCCUGGGCUAAAGAAUCGGACGAAUUCAAACGCGGAUAUACCAAGUAUUCUGAGCUCGAGAGAGAAGGGUUGCGGAAGGCUUUUCCCGAUUACAAGUACAAACCAGGCACAAAGAAGACCCAGACAGGCCAAGACCAAUCACCUCAAGGCCGUCAGGCGCCUACAACGCCGAUGCGCAACGGCAGCUGCCCACCUAGUGAUUACUCCGGCACGCCUGGGGGGUCUUCGAAUCGGAGUGUCAGCUAUCAAGGAUCUCCUCGGUUCGAUUCCGGGCGUUAUUCUGGGAACGAGGCCUACAACACUCCAUGUGGUCCAGCCCCGACAUCAACGGGCUACCACUCCCAUCCUCUAGGCGGAGGACACGAGGGCUUUCUAUACCCAUCACCGCCCUGCAUUGGGUCACAGUGGUCUACACCUGUACGAGGUCGUCUAGCAAGAUCGGUGUCACCCGCUUUCAGCCAGCAGUCAUCUCUCUCUGCGUGGGACUACGGCGCUGUCGACCCGAGCCUCUCUGGAUCCUUUUCAGACUAUACCCCUUCACGCUCAACCUCGGAGGAACCAGGCUAUGUCGUGCCGGCUCAUGCUUUCACCAACAUGCCCAGCAUCGACUUUUCACGGGUACCCGCUGGCGUGCCGCCAAAAGACAACUUUGCUGAUCUUCUUGAUCCGUCAAUUUACCAGGAGUCGACGGUCGAUCCAGCCCGUCGCAACUCUGCCGAUCUUUGGCAAGGCGGUGGCUCUGUGCUUUCAUCUAUUCCCGGCGGAGAUAUGGUGUUCCAGCAACUCCCGGGUUCCGACGCAAAUGAAUGGCAUGUUGAACCGGUAGAACACGAUGCUGGCUACCACAAUUACACUUGGGACGCCAACAUCUGGUCACACGGACUGGAGGAUGAUCCUCUGGAGCAACUCACUUGACUAUUCCCUAGCUCUUCGCCAUGCGUUGUGCGAUCAGCGUAGUGUCCCGUUUCCGGCUUGUGGAACGUUCAAUGGAAGCGUCUUUCAUGUUUCCUUCGGUCUUUUUUUGCUGCCUCGUCAUAAAAUUUUGGCCCCCACGGAUUUCAGGUUUUGUUGUUCAGGUCCAUAGAGGGAGUUGGUAAAUUUGCGGUUAUCUAGGAGUGAUGAUGUUCUGGCGGUAUUAGGGAGUUUGGGACUGGAGUACACAUGCUUUAUUUAAGAGCGUAUCCUUAAAUGUGUCCAGUGUCGGAAAAUCAUGAUAUUUCCGUGCAUUUGUUUAGUAUUCAUUCAAUAUACCGUCGCAAAAAAUACUACAACAGCAAGAUGCUACUACCAUCUC